CGGUGUUCACUUUUUUGUGCUGGAUACUGUACGUGGAGACCAUGUUGUCUGCUAUUGACGGCUGUUUCGAAUAAUUUAGAUUGUGACUUCAUUUUCAGGAUCGUUGAUUGUUUUUGAAAUAUUGUAACGUAUUUUUUUGUAGAUAUGAAAAGUAAAACGUCUUCCCGGAUGAGGGCAUCAAGCUAUUCAUCCUUUUUGAUCUUGACUGCUGGAAUGAUAUUUGCGUUUUUCCUAAUUUACAUCUACCAUUUAAUCCAACACGGAUGGUGAGGAUGGUGACAUGGUGUGGAAGUUUACGAUAUUUUUAAAUCGUGAAUUCUGUGCGGAUGACAGGCUGAGUGUGUUUACCGAAAUGCAAACCCAGCCAUCUGUCAGUUUUACAAUUUGUUAUAGUGGAGUGUUUCAUUUACAUUUACUCAUUACUUUGCUACAAGUAAUGUCAGAAAGAGAUCUUCUAAAGAAAUCUUUGGCUAGUCAUCGAGCCACGACUAAAUCGGAAAAAAGGAAAAGUCGUGCCCAAGAAGAGGGACGUGGAACGGGAGUCAAACUAAUAAGAAACUAUUUUAGUGAUUUUGGAGGCAGAGUCAGAAGGAAAAAUCAAGAUCAAUAUGGUAAUGAUGAGCCAGCUUCCAUUCAACCUGGUGGUAGUGAAAUUAUUCCCUUGGAUGCAAGCAUUGGUGUAGGGGAUUUUUUAAAUUCUCUUGAUCUCGAACAAGAUGUCAUUGAAGAAAGAAGGAACAAAUUUAAAAAAAAGAAGAGAGAAGCCAAUCAAGAAACGGAAUGGAAGAGCAGAAUGAAAGACAAAGAAGAGGCUUGGGAAGCUUGGGACUACAAGAGAGAUAUGGUUUUUGUUCAUUACACCAGGAUACAUUCCUUCACUGAACGUCAAUGUUGUAGUUGUAAAAAGAUUACUUCCUAUCCUGUUCCCUGCUUCACUUGUAAGCAAGACUUGUGUAGUAGAUGUGACUUUAUAACUCACUUCAAGCUGGUACUACAUAAUCGAGAGAUAUGUCUAAAUGGAGAAGAUAAAAGGUUCUUACAACAAAGUGAGUUUUUAUUUGACGAUGAAGAGACCAUCACAGAAAAAGAAGUAUCUGUUUCUCUUCUUGUGCCUUCCUGUCAAUAUUGUAAAAGAACUAGUACGUCUACAACGAAACCUGGUUCAAGAGACGUAGCCGUAAUCACAGCUGAUGGUCGUUGGGAUAUGAAGUCAACCGUUGUGGAGUGCAGUGCUUUCAGUUAUUGGUUCGAAGCAAAAGGGGAUGAUUAUUUUGCUUAUGGCUUUCAUCCGUCUUCAGCUAUAGAUGAGACUUCAUUUGAUCUCAUUUGUACCGAGCUACUAGAAUGGUGUUGGCAUUUUCAACACAAAAUGCCUGGAAUUUCCCUGAACAAAGUUAUCGAAACCAUUCAAGAACUCUCCGAAACACACAAUCGAUGCCCUAGUUUGAGCAACACGGAGUUUAUAAUGGCGAUGGGGGAAUACGAGUUCAAUAAUAUAAGAAUUCAAAAAAAGAUAUUAAGUGUAGAACACAUGAAAUGUUACAGAUGUGAAUCAGCUCAAGGCCAUGGAGCCAAAAAGGGGUUGGAAAAUGUGGCCAUAGCCAAAAAUGAUGAAGUGGAAGCUUUUGUUGCGGAAGUAAACAAAGCUUUUCCUGAGACUAAAAGAAACGCGACGUGUGGUGGUUCCAUUUUCAAAGCCGGAAAAUCUGAUUCUCAUUCGCAUUCAAAGAAAAUGGAUGAAACGGGAAUCAUGUGUAUGUGCUGUCGUCAGGGUUUAAUACUACGUGCAGCACAUAUUUGUCGCGGAGAAAUAUACCGAGUUGUAGCUUUCCUUCAGUGGUGGGCAUUGCAAUUCGGCAUUUUGUUUUUUUGCUAUGAUGUUAUCUGCCGUUACUGGCCUUUCGCAAAAAGAUUAGGAACCAUCGAUCCUAAAUUUGCUUGCCUGACGCAAAAGAUGAAACCGUUUCUUUCACGUUUUCAUGGGAAAGCGCAUGCUUGGUCAUGCCAGGUAUUAUGGUUCGGUCAUUUUCGGAAAGGAGCUGCUGCGACCGUUGGAGAGGAAAUGGAGCAAUGCUUCAGCAAAUUCUCCAGAUACAAUGCUGCUACAAAACACAUGACUAGCUCUAACAUCGUUUCGUUCACGUUUUGUUUCAUCACAGAUCGUUUCGAUCACCUAAGUAAAGGUUUUAUUUGUGAAAACGCAAGUAAAGAGAAGAAAAGGGUUUUUACUCUGCCUAAACGUCUUAUAACGGCGAAUAAUAAUGCCAAAAAGGAUGUCAUCAACUACGGAAAGGAAUUUUGCGGUUGGUUAGAAAAGCUCCAACUACAAGAGAGCGAUAUGGAUAAAAUAAUGAAACAACUAGUUGUCCAAGCAAGGAAAAUUCGAGACAAACCAGUUGACGGGAACUGGACUGUUGGUAAUAUCCAAGUAGAAUUGGAGGGUAUUGCUUUAGCAAUACGACAACUGCAAGUCCGAGAAAUGAAGUUUGCGGGGCCCAUGGACUAGUUGUCACGUCCGGCGCUCCUGUAUCAGUUAUUGACCGCAACUCUACCCGAGAUUUCCGGCAGUCUUGUCACCAGAUAUUUCCCCGGUAGCUGCUGUCCACAAAAGUGCAUAAAUACUUGUAUGUGUCCCUUACUGCACCCCACUAUACUUAUAUCAGUUGUAGUGUGGUGUACGUUUUACGAUGAAUAAACGUGUCUUAGUAACUA